AUGCAGUUCUCCUACAAGAUGAUCACCACCUUCAUGGCCUUCGUGCUAUUCAACUCCGUUAACGCCGCCCCCAUCGUCGAUGGAACCGAUGCAGCCGCUGGCGCUGUUGCCUGGGCUGAUCCUACAGACUGCCACCGAUUCUACGAGUGCCCUGUCGGCGGAAGGCCCGUCCUGAAGACCUGUGGUCCUGGAACUGCCUUCCAGUCCCAGACUAGCGUCUGUGACUACGAGCAUCUCGUCCCUAGCUGCUGGCGCCACUAG